CUGCCGUUACGUAACGCUGUCCGUCCCCGGAACGAUUGGUUGGUCAAGUUCAAAAACAGUACAAGUGGUGGGCGACCGAGGACUCCGAUUGCGUGUUCCAGUUCGAUGCUGCUAUCCGUAGAUAGUGCCUAUCGUUAAACUGAUCAUAUCGAUGUGCCGUGUCCGUGGCCGCCAGUGAUGCGCGAUGUUAACGAUGAAGCUGCUGGCCGCCUCUGAUAGCCAUGGCGUCCGUUCUUGCGCCAAGCUGUUGCUGCUCUUCGUUAUCGCAUCGAUCACGUUUCACGGCUGUCCAGUGGCCAUGAACUGGGCCAGCGCAGCAUCCAUCCCCUCCACGUCAGCCGGUUUCGGACGAGUGAUCAGAACUAAAUAUGGAAACUUACGUGGAUUGACUCUGUACGGCAGUUCCGGCCAACCGCUAACGACUACAACUACGCCAGCGAGUCAUCGCAAAUUCAUCAAUUCUGGCGGAAACAAGAAAACGGUGGAGGCCUUUCUCGGAAUCCCGUACGCCGCUGCGCCCGUUGGUCCGUUGCGUUACUUGCCACCAGCCAGCCCAGGUCCUUGGCAGGGUAUUCGACCAGCCAACGCACUACCACCGGCUUGUCCUCAACAGCUGCCUCCUUUGGCUAACAGAACUGCCAGUUUGGAGACGAUGCCCCGAGCUCGCUACUAUCAACUGAAAAGGAUGCAGCUUAUGUUGGCCAAUCAAAGUGAAGACUGCCUCUAUCUCAACGUCUACGCUCCUUCCGAAGGCUUUGUCGGAGGUGGAACAACGACGCCAGCAUCGCUGGCCGUCAUGGUGCUCGUUCACGGCGAGUCGUACAGUUGGGGCGCCGGGCACUUGAUGGACGGCGGACUGCUGGCUUCCAAGAGUCGGAUGAUUGUCGUCACCCUCAACUACCGUCUCGGCAUUCUAGGAUUCCUGCAGACGGCGGCUAGUCCAACGCCGGGCCAUGUCCGUGGCAAGAGCAAAAGUGCCAUUCCAACGCAGGGCAAUUACGGCUUAUUGGAUAUCAUGGCGGCCCUGCUAUGGUCAAAGGACAAUAUUGGCGUUUUCGGUGGCGAUGCCGGUCGUGUCACGUUAAGUGGCCAUGGAACGGGUGCCGCUCUCGUCAAUCUUCUCAUGAUCUCGCCAAUAGCAGCCGGACUGUUCCAGCGGGUUGUGCUCAUGUCCGGCUCGGCGUUGAGUCCGUGGGCUCUGAACCCUCAGGCGGGCAAGUUGAAAGCAGAAGUGGCCCGUCAGAUGGGGUGCGAACCGUUCGGCAAAUCGCAGGGAAGCACUGAACAGAUGAGUUUGGCCGACAUUGGCGAUUGCCUUCGCAAGGUACCGCUCGAUUCGCUGAUGGCCGUUCGUCUUCCGGAGACUCCCCGAUUUUGUGCCACCUUUGCCCCGUUCAUCGAUGGCGCUGGCAUCGUCGCCGUCGACCCACUUCACGCCAUGCAAACGUCCAGUGAGGAUUUCGCACGCAUUUCGCUCGUCGCGGGAGUGACCUCCGUCGAAAGUUAUCGCUAUACUGGCGAUGCUGAUCUGCGGAAUGGCAUAACAGAAGACAAAAGGGACAGGACUCUGCGGACUUUGAUCCGCAACUUUUACCAGUAUCAUCUCAACGAAAUAUUUUACGUCUUAAGCAACGAGUACACGGAUUGGGAUCGUCCUUUAGCCCUGGAUGAUUUAUCGAUGAGGGACAGUCUUUCGUUGGCGCUGAGUGACGGACUUGUGGUUGCGCCAUUGAUGCACGUCGUUCACCUGCACGCCCAGCGAUCGACCAACCCUUCCGGUACCUUCUUCUACCAUUACCAGGGACAGAUUGGGACCAUUCAGCCCGUCCUUCACGAUCAGCUCCAAGAUGCUGACCAAUCAGAAUAUCACCGUCUAGGAAGCGUCACGGGAGACGAACUUGAAGCUUUACAAUUGGACGCCACUGUUAGCGGAGCUUCAGGACCCGACUCGAAUGGUAACGAGGUGUCAAGCCACAUCGCCACUAACACGACAGAGGCCGUUAAGGAACCGAAAAUAUCAUCCCAACUGCUCCCGUUUCUAGCGGCGUUCGCCAGCACUGGGGAUCCUAAUUUAGAGAUCGGGAGCAAAGGCGAACUGAUGCCCCGAUCCAAACUCCGUUGGGAGCCAUUCAACUUGCACUCGCAGUACUACAUGGUAUUUGGAAUGCAACAGCAACAACAGCACGCCCAACUGAAAACCCAUUAUCGAGGGCAUGCCAUUGCGGUUUGGCUGCAACUGAUCCCGCAGUUACACCAACCGAACGACAACACGAACGCUGAAAUGUCUGCCAAUCAUCACUCGUUCGAACAGCACAACACGCCAGCUGACCAGUUCUACGACGGAACCGUCCGGUCAGUUAACAAUGACACGUCAAUCAACCGUGAGUCGACAUCGUCACCGAACUCCGUGCCGGGCACAAGUGCAACGAUUGUCGAGUGCAACAAUUCCGCCAGUAGCUUCCAACGCAGCCUGCAAAACAAGACCAUCAACAACACGUCAUCAGUUGGCGGAGAAUGGGCGUUGGUGAAUCCGAGCGUAAUGGCGUCGGAGACGGGCUCAUCACCGGCAGUGUCGGCGCCAGUGAACAACAGCCACAACGUGACAACGGUCAGCGUCGGGAGUGAAAGUCGACUCAUUUUUGGCUUCUGGACCAAUCAGGCGACGCUCAGCAUCAUCUUGGUGCUAGGCAACAUUCUGCUCAUUGUCAACCUCAUUCUCUUCUUGACCAUCUAUCGACGUGCUCGAUGCGGCCAAUGCAAACGUCAUGCCGGGGACGAUAGCAACGACGAAGUGAACAGUAUUCAAAGAAUGUCAGACGGCCAACUCGAGAGCCGGGCGGUGACAGAAUCGACCGAGUCGAUGACGGAUCUGCGUCAAUUAGUCAUCAGCCAUUGUCAACAGCACCCACGUAGUCAUCCGGACAUCACGUCACAAACUAUUUUCCCACAUCAACCAUCGCUGAGGCCGCCAUUGUCGCUCUCCACCAACGUCGUCUCCGACAUGGCGGCCAGCGUACGAGCUCCGUCCCCUCCACCGUUUUCGAUCAAAGCUCCUCCGCCCGAUCACCAGUUUUUGAACCAGGAGAACGAUCGAAGCGCCACGUUGCCGUUCAACAGAAAAUCUAUUGAAAAACGAUCGUUCGAUUCGGCGCCAACUCAUCGUCAGGCCACCAGAUCAGUUGAAGAAAUUAACGUGUAAAUACGCUCUUCUCUAUACUUAAUUGCAAUCGAAACUUGUUUUUAUUCAAUUUUCAAUGCCACAAGAACGUAAAAUUGAGGAUGACAGUUGUUAAGCUUCAGUGUCCAUUAAAAACAUGUGAUAUAACCCAUCAAUCUGUAAAAAAAAAAUGUUGAACGUUUCUGUUUGACUGUGUGUACAAUCAAUCUUCGCCCAAACAAUUUGAAUAUAUAGUUAACUCAAACAAGAGAAUUGCAAUGGAAGA